GUUUUCUCUAUAUUAAAUAGCGAUUUCUUUGAUUUUUUUAAGAUGCAACAAUAAGUUUAAAGAAUUUAGAAAAGAUUAUUUUCAUGGCUUCUGAUGCUGUGCAUGAUCUCACUUCCCUCCUUUCCUCUGAGGGGAGAGACUUUCUCAUUCGUAACAAUGGCGAUCAGGUAAAGAUUAGUUCCUUAAUUGGAAAAAAUGUGGGAUUAUAUUUCUCGGCAGGAUGGUGCCCUCCUUGUUGUUCUUUCACUCCAAAAUUAGCAAAAGUUUACGAGGAAUUAGCUUCUGAAAAUAAUGACUUUGAAGUUAUAUUCGUUUCUUCUGAUGGAGAUGACCGCGCAUUCAAAGCUUACUUCUCCAAAAUGCCAUGGUUGUCCAUUCCAUUUGAUGAUUCAGAGACCAAAAAAAAGUUGAAAUUACUGUUUGAACUUAGUGGAAUUCCUCAUCUUGUUGUUAUUGAUGCUAAUGGGAAGGUUUCAACUGAUGAAGGAGUUGAUUUAGUUAGAGAAUUUGGAGUUGAUGCUUAUCCUUUUACUUUUGAUCGAAAGAACCAACUUUUGGUUGAGAAAGAGGAAGAAGCUAAGAGAAACAAUCAAACCAUUGCUUCCCUUUUGGUUUCCACUUCUCGCAAUUAUGUGGUUUGUAAUGAUGGAAAUCAGAUUCCUAUUUCUGAGCUAGAAGGGAAACUCAUUGGGUUGUAUUUCUCAAAGCAAGGCCAUGAACAUUGUGAUGAUUUUACACCAAAAUUAAUCGAGGCUUACGAUAAAUUGAAGGAGAAGGAAGAGAACUUUGAGAUUGUAUUCAUCUCUUUAGAUGAUGAAGAUGAAGAUUUAUUCAAAAAAGCAUUCAAAACAAUGCCAUGGUUGUCAUUGCCUUUUAAGGAUGAGAAAUGUCAAGAACUAAAACUAUAUUUUGAGGUUGGUGAUCUUCCUGCCCUUGUUAUAAUUGGGCAUGAUGGGAAAACUUCGAACACGAAUGCAGUCGAACUAAUCAAAGAGCAUGGUAUUGAUGCCUACCCUUUCACUACCAAGAAACUCGACGUACUUGAUGAGAUCCCGAAUACAAAGUGCAAAUCACAAUCUCCGAAACCUCAUUUUGUUGAGGAGGUAAAAGUUUCUUGUUGCUGCGAUGGGUCAAAAAACGAUGAUGAGGAAAUGAAGGACAAGGAGGAAACCAAGGAGGAAACAAAGGAGGAAAAAGAAGGUUGCAAAGGAUAAGAGAACAUAUUAACACAGCAAACAAUAUGGAAGUUUAUGAGUAUGCAUAUACAUCCAUCAGCUUUUAUAUGUGCUUCACUUGUUGCCUUAUUUCAUGAUAUUCCGUUGUUUGAAUAAAUCAAGAGACUUCUAGUUUUGAGCACUUUAUGACUUUUUGUUUGGCUGUUCUAAUUUGAUGGCUUGAGCUAUAUCUCUCUUGUAUGUGAUAUCUAAAAGUUCUAAA